CUAGUUAGGAUCAACAAAAAUAACCCAGCAAGGUUAUUAUUAUAGGAUCCAAAGACUAAGCUCUGUCUUUCUCUCUUGGGAGAUUGAUUUCAUGAUGAGGAAGCCUGAUCCAUCUGCCAAGGGUAGCAAUGGAGGCAACAAUAAUGGUACUAAUAAGCUUAGGAAAGGGCUGUGGUCACCGGAGGAAGAUGACAAGCUCAUGAACUAUAUGAUAACCAAUGGCCAGGGCUGUUGGAGUGAUGUUGCUAGAAAUGCUGGUCUGCAGAGGUGUGGCAAGAGCUGCCGGCUUCGUUGGAUCAAUUACUUGAGACCUGAUCUCAAACGAGGGGCGUUUUCGCCUCAGGAAGAAGAGCUCAUCGUCCAUUUGCAUUCCAUUCUUGGCAACAGGUGGUCUCAAAUUGCGGCUCGCCUGCCUGGUCGUACAGACAAUGAAAUAAAGAACUUUUGGAAUUCAACGAUAAAGAAAAGGCUGAAGAAUUUGUCAUCCACUCCGUCACCAAACGCUAGUGAUUCAUCGUCGGAGCCUAACAAAAAUGCCAUGGCUGGGUUCAUGUCAAUGCAAGAACAAGGCAUUUUGCCUGUGUACAUGGAUUUAUCAUCAACUUCACCCAACUCUUCCUUGCAAUCCAUGGUUCUGAAUCACACAGGCAAGUCUUUACCAACGCUGGAGGCAGGGCUAAACGUGUUUGGGGCGACUGGGUGCUUCAAUCCGGCCUCAUGUGUGACACAGGUUGGGGUAAAUGGUGACAGUUUCUAUGGGGAAAAUGAGAUAUUCGGCAGUGUUGACAAUGGGGUAGAAAGGGAGCUAUAUGUCCCUCCUCUAGAAAGCAUUGGAGAAAACCUUAAAACCGAAAAUACAUAUGAUAGGAACAUCAAUAACCCUUUCAAUAUCAUAAAUAGUACUAAUAACAACAACUACAAAGCAGAAAACAUAGCCGGCGCCGUUGGGAAUUUUUGGCUAGGAGAAGAGAUAAAAGUUGGAGAAUGGGACUUGGAGGAUUUGAUGAAGGAUGUUUCUUCCUUCCCUUUUCUUGAUUUCCAAAGCUGAAUAAGUAAACAGUUAGUUACCCCGCCCUGCCUCCAAAUUUUAUCUUCUAGUCCCUUUCCAAACCUUAACCCUACAAAUAUCCUAGUCAUGCAAUCCUUAUAAAAAUCAGCAAAAACCUAUUAUCGAGUUACCAAAUCUCCCUCGAGGCUCACAGGUUUUGUGGGAUUCAUUAGGAGUUUGGUCUCUCAUCAAAAACAUUUGUCUAAGUUGUAGAAUAGCUGAAUUUGGAAUAAAGGGUCGCAUUUGGGGACCUUGAAAAUCGUUGUAAGUAUGUUUCCGAUGAAGCGGCAAAGGAGUACUUGGAUUGACUGAUGAAGCAUCAUGAGAAGAAAUAAUUAAUUAUAGUACUUCCUAUGCAUGUGAAUAGUCCAUGUAAACAGUGUUAGAGAAAUUAAGGAUUAUUAGUAGGCGGUCGGCACAUAAAAUUGUUAGUUUCUUGAGAUCGAGAUUGAGGUUGAUGUACAAAGCAAAGCAAUGUCAAGUGGAGAGAAACACAUAAGAAAUUAAUAGACUGUAUUAUUACAUUUUGACAAAAAUAUAAUAAAAAUCUUGAUCUCCUUUUA